AUGGGGAAACCAGAUAUUCGAUGCGCCCAUUGCAGCCAUGCGCCGUUCAGGGACUCGUCUUCGCUGAGGAAGCACAUUGCCGCAGCGCACACGCGCCCAUUUCCUUGUGCCUUUUACUUUGCUGGAUGCACGAGCACCUUCGGGUCCAAGAACGAGUGGAAGCGCCACAUUGCCUCACAGCACCUCUGCCUGCAAUACUAUCGCUGCUCCAUCUGCUCACAAUCGACUGUAGAUGGAAAAGGCAACGAGUUCAACCGAAAGGAUCUAUUUACGCAACACCUCCGUCGCAUGCACGCCCCUGUCCAGGUGAAGAGGGCCCUCGCCAAGGGCGACAACGGUCAACAGGGGUCAGAAUGCGAAACCUACGUCCGAGAGAUGCAGCAGAGGUGCCUCAUACAGCGGAGGCACCCGCCACGGCGAUCAAGCUGCCCCAAACCAAACUGCGUCAAUACCUUUGAAGGCCCCACUGCCUGGGACGAAUGGACAGAGCACGUCGGUCGGCACAUGGAGAAGGGCGAGGGCGACGACCUCGGCGUAGACGACUUGCUCUUGCAAUAUGCCCUCGAGGAAGGCAUCGUUGAAGGCGUCGGCGAGAAGGAGUAUCGGCUCGUUCAGCUGCGGCGUGCCCGGUCGCCUUCCACCUUUGCCGGCCUGUUCGCACCUUCCACCACCGCAGGACUAACUAAAAAUCCGAAUCCGCCGCCAAAGUAA